UCAUGACAUUCGACGUGACCUCCGAAAAUCCAGCAUUACAGCAAAUCAAUUUCAAGCACGCCUCGGCAUUAAUCUGACAACCUUCAGCGUCGAUCAAAAAAAUUCAAGUGCUUUUCAUACCGCAGCCAUGCCUUCAGCACGAUACAACACCGCUGUGAAGUAUAUCGAAGCUUUCAACAACCUAGACCUGAAAUCCAUCAUGUCCCUCCGUGCUCCCAAAUGCACCCAUCAAAUGGCACCGGCGUCCCUUGGCUAUGGCGAUCCCAUAACCAAUGAUGUCUACGAAACUUCCAUCAGCCGCUUCGGCCGGUAUAUCUCCGCAUGGCCUGUCGAAAUCAAAGAGGUCACCGAGGACGAGAAAAACAACAGAGUGGUGGUGUGGGCUACUGCUCAGCCCCAAUGGAGAGAAGAGGCCAUGGAUGGACCAAAGGAAGAUUGGGAAAAAGGUGGCGAGUACAUGUUUACCAUGUGUAUGGACGAGAGCGGAGAGAAGUUGGUGAGAGUAGUGGAGUUUCUGGACAGUAAGAGAACGGAAGAAUUGAGAGCGUUGAUCGCUAGGGCUUCGAAGAACCUCGAGAAGAAGGAGUAGAACUUUUGGCACACUUGCCUCGUGGUUCUUACCAACAUCGGUAGCCCUAGUCCAAGAGAAUAAUGAAGCAGUUGUACAAUUUUGAUACUUUGUUGUUGAGAAAUCGUCGGCCACACACUCUGAGUAGUUUGAAUGGUAUGAAGAUAUGUAGAUGAGUCUAGAGUGGAGAUGAGUCCGCUAGCAGGAGCUUCUCCCAAAAUAGCUAUGUACAUUUCCAAGUCAUGCAAGCGAAUCUAAAAUCCAC